CAAUCUCUUCAUUUCCAUCUUGCCACUACUAUACUCCUAAGCCAUUUGUUUAUUUCUAUUCCUAGAGAUUUCUUCUUUUAGAUACUUGAGUCAAUCAACCAAAUAUGGUUAUUGCUAAUUGCGGCGGUGGCGGUGAUUCUGUUAUUCAUUCACGAGGUUUGCCUGGUAGUUGUGGUGGUAGUGAUUCUGUUAUUAACUCACGAUGUUUGUCUGGCGGGUGGGGUGCGGCCGCCGCGGCGAAACCGUGCGACUAUUGCAAGGUAGCUGUGGCGUUGGUGUUUUGUCGCGUGGACGCGAUUUUUAUGUGCCUUGAGUGUGACGCCAAGGUCCAUGCUACUAACAAAUUAGGGUCGAAGCAUGCCCGUGUGUGGGUGUGUGAGGUUUGCGAGCACGCCCCGGCGGCGGUCACGUGCAAGGCUGAUGCGGCGGCGCUAUGUGUCACGUGUGACCGCGACAUCCACUCGGCUAACCCUUUGGCUCAGCGCCACGAGCGUGUCCCCGUGGCCCCGUUCUAUGACACGGCGGAGUCCGUGGUCAAGUCCACCGCCGCGACUCUCUUGGUUCCGAUGAACGAUUCCAACCCCCCGAACUUCGCCCAUGACAAUUUCGCCUCUGAUCCCUGGACUUCUUCCGCUUCGAUCACCUCCUCCAAGCUGCCGGAAAACGCCGCCGGCGGGAUGAAAUCUGCGGAAUUCUCGCUCUUCGACUCCGACAACUUCCUCGAUUUUGAGUACCCGGUUUCCUGGGAAUCAAAUUCUCAUCAAAACCAGUACAAUUCCGACAGGGUUGUCCCAAUCCAGACCAUCAAAACGUCCGCUCCAAUCAUACCCCAAGAAAAACAUUUCGAGAUCGAUUUCACAAGAUCCAACCUCACUUCCUACAACUCCGGAUUCACCAAACCUUCCUUAAGUGUUUCCUCAUCUUUAGACGUGGGAGUGGUCCCGGACGGGAGCUCUGUGUCGGAGAUAUCCUACCGGAACAUCGGCGGCGGGAGCGUGGAUUCCAGAGGCGGCUCGCAAUGGAACGGAAUGGAUCGAGAGGCCCGGGUGCUGAGAUACAGGGAGAAGAGGAAGAACAGAAAGUUCGAGAAGACGAUACGCUACGCUUCCAGAAAGGCGUAUGCGGAAACACGGCCACGAAUCAAAGGCCGCUUUGCGAAGAGAACGGAGGUUGAAUCAGAAUCCGACAUUGAUACCUUGUUUUCAUCGGCAGAUUCUGCCGCUGAUGUUGGUAGAUUCAGCGUUGUUCCCUUGAUAUGGUAGGAAUCAAGAAAACAAUUGACAUGUUUAAAAGUGUUUCUAGUGUACUAUAGUUUUUCUUUCCUCUCUUUUUUAUUCAAAUUAUUAUGCAAAUUAUAAUUAAUUAAUCCUCUAUUUUAAGUUUGGAGGAGCGGUUGGAAUAUUC